AUGCAAGGAGUUGGAGAGAUUGAUCGCCUUAUAAGACUUGUGAACGGCGAGCACUAUAGCAUCGACACGAAGAGUAAUGCUAUCUGGGCCGUCAGGGAAUUCGCAUAUAAAUCCAGCGAAAUACACAUGAUAGUGGACAUGGAUAUAAUCGAAGUUCUGGCUGUUGUGAUCGAAGCCGGCAGCAUCCGUAUGCCUUGCUUUUCUUGUCUUUCACUCAUCGCAGCUCACUGCGAAGAGUGCAAAGCGAGGUGCUGGCGAUCAAACUUGUUUUUUAAGAUUGUUGCCUGUUUGAAGUACAAAUAUAUAAGGAGACGGGAUUAUGAAGAAAUCAAAGAAGUGGUGGGGUGCCUCAGGCACCUUUUAGAUUCCGCCAUAGCCCGAAGGACGGAAAUCCGCACAAUUGUUGUGCGAAAAACUGUCAAAUUUUUCAAGAAAGUAGUAGAAAAAUAUAUUCAAUGGGCAGAUGUUGCUAAAGACGCCAUGUAUGGCAUAGCAUUUGUGACAGAUGAUAUGAACCACGUCAGACAAGGUAUUCUCCUCAAAGAGCGCAAAUUGGUGAACCUAAUAUUUGAAAUAAUCGUGUCGGAUCAGCUGCAAUACGCAUCAAUCAAAACUGUGUCAAAUCUGAUGUGCGGCAGUGAUGAGCAAAGGAAAUUAGUUAGCUCGCAUCCGAAAUUUUACGAAGCCUUGCGGCACUGCCUAUGUAGGCAGUCAGAGAGUACUGUUAUCGCUGCUGCCGUUUGCCAGCAAUUAGCUUCAAGCAGCGCAGAUUGUGAGAUCUUGUUUGAUUCUGACGAACUCUUCAAACUAUUACUCGAAAGUGCGCGGAAUUCGGCUGGAGAACUGCAGAAGACAUGCGCUUGGACAGUUGUAAAACUCCUACACAAUGCAAAUGAAGACAGAAUAAACUUCAUGAUGACAAACUUACUCGAAAAUGCGGAGAAUGUGUGUGACACACUUUCGAAAAUGCUCACUGUGAACGACUAUGAUCUACAUUUAAGUCUGCUAAAAGCUUUGUCUGAAAUUUUGCCAAGGUACCCUACUCAAGCAGCUUUGCUCAGAGAUACAAACUUCUUGACACUGUUAGAAUCUCGUAUAGUGACAGUCCAAGUCACCAAAUCUUUUUCAACCAAGAAUAGUCGUCUUAAAAGAAUUGGCAGGAAUCGCGUGUAG